AUGGAUGAGGAACAUCAACUGGCACAUGAUUUGCGCAUCGUCAAUUCAUUUGGCGUUGGCACUGCGCGCUACUGCUCGUGCUGGCCUUCGACUCUAGCGAGUAGCAGCAAGAGUCUUGCUCAAGAAGACCCUCGCCUGGGCACUACCUACGUCGACGUGCCGCUCGGCUGCAACAUCGUGCGGUGGGACAUUGAUCGGCGCGAGCGCGUGAGGUUCUUUCGCCCCCACGGCGACAUCGUAACCUGCAUGCUCAAGACCGACGACUUCAUCUUCACCGCGUCCGAGGCCGGCGAGGUGGCCCUCUGGGACCACCACCCCGACCACGUCUGGCGCCUGCUCGAUCGUUCGCACCACGCUACGCGCCGGGUGAAGGUCACCCACGCCGCCGUCUCCCCCUGCCGCGGCCGCAUCCCGCAGCACGUCAUCCACCCACCGAGAACGGAAUGCGCCACCGUCCUCAUCACCGUCACUCCCAUCGGACCCUAG